AUGGCAGACGUCUCAAAAGAUGGCGAGAAUGCCAUCAUCAUUGUCUACGUGCUCACAGUCGUCGCCACGAUAUGCGCUGUCAUGCGAUUCAAGAUUCGGUGGUACGGACAGCUUGGCGCUGACGACUAUCUUCUCGCAUUUUCGCUCGUUUUGAUAUGGCUCCAAGCAGUCGGGAACACACUUUUGGCUGUGAAAGGUGGCAUGGGCAGGCCGAUGGCGACACUGAGCGAGGGCGAAACUGAGUGGCUUUUCAAAAUGUUCUACGCCCCGGAGAUUGGAUACACACUGCUCACGGGUGUGCUCAAGCUCUCGAUUCUCCUCUCGUACAAGCGCAUCUUUGGCCACAUGCGCAAAAUCCUCGUCUACAUCCACGUGCUCAUGGGGCUUGCGGCUGGCUGGCUGGUGUCGUGCCUGUUCGUCAUCAUAUUCCAGUGCUGGCCCAUCCACAAGGUCUGGAAGCCCUUGACGCCCGGCGGCUGCAUCGACUUGCUGGCAUUUUUGUGGGCGACGAGUGUCUCGAACUUUAUUAUCGACUGGCUUAUUCUGAGCGUACCCCUGAUCCCCAUCUGGAAGCUGCAAAUGACCCCGAUCAAGAAGGUCUUUGUGGCAGGAUCCGUGUUCAUGGCAUCCAUCUGGACGUAUAUCGAACCCACUGUCGCCGUCGUCUCCGCCUGCCUUCCUUUCUUCAGCAAGUUCUUCACGGACAAGGUCAGAAACAUUGGCACCAAGGGACGCAGCACGGGCAACAAACACUCGAAGAACGGGUCCGACUUUGAGAAGGGAGAGGGGCAUAUUACAAAGAAGACAACCACGACGGUGUCUGGAGAGUCGCGCGGCGUGCGCAACCAGCACGAGCUGGUGAACUACUCUGUCCGCGUAGGAGCGACACCUGACGGUCACUUGAGGCUUCACAGCGACUCCAGAACCAGGGCCAUCAUGACGCUCUUCAUCUACAGCUGCCUGGCCGGCGCCAUUGUGGUGUACUAUGUCGGCCUGCUCAUCCAGCGAGUGUACUUUCAUCCUCUGUCCAAGUUCCCGGGUCCCAAGCUGGCGGCAGCAACGGGAUGGUACGAGGCAUAUUUUGACCUUUUUGUGCGUCCUGGCGGCCAGUUCAUGAUGGAGCUCCAGCGCCUGCACCAAGUCUACGGCCCCAUUGUGCGAAUCAACCCACACGAGAUUCACGUUGACGACACUGCCUGGUUGGAUUCACUAUACACCGGUCCGGCAAAUGGCAUCAGAGACAAGUAUCCUCCUGCGGCCUACCUGACUGGAACACCACGAGGAAUUUUCGGGACCGUUGCCUUUGACCUGCAUCGCAAACGUCGUGGGGCGAUCAGCGCUCUCUUCUCUAAGGCGCAGGCCACGCAGGAGGAGCCCAUCAUCUACGACAAGUUGGAUCUUCUCAUUGAGCGCGUCAAUACGCAAAUCGCCCGCGAUGGCUUCGCUGAGAUGCGCGCCAACUACCUGGCCUUCACAACGGACACCGUGGCAGACUAUUGCCUCGAAAAGUGCCUCAAUCUUCUCCACGACGAGCAAAAGGCACUGGAAUGGCAAGAGACCAUUAGUGCCCUGGCCAACACGGCGCCCAUUGCCCGCCAGUGGAGCUGGGUGACGCCGCUGUCGUUGAGCAUGCCCAUCUGGCUAUUGAACAUUGGCGACCCCAAGCUCGCCCGUAUUGUUGGUCUGCACCGGACCAUGGAGUUCCAAGCCAAGGAAGCCAUCAAGGCGCAUGAGAGUGAUGAAAAGGACGAUCCCAGGGCGAAGCGCAACAUUUUCAGGUCCAUUCUCGCCAACCCUUCCUUGCCGGACGUCGAAAAGGUCUACGACCGAAUCUCCCAAGAAGGUGUCGUGGCUAUUGCCGCUGGAGGCGAGACCACCGGCCGCGCCCUCGCUACCGCUACCUUUUUCCUACUCGAGAACCGGACGACACUCCUCCCCCGGCUCCAGGAGGAGAUUAAGAGCGUCAUGUCCAAGGUCGACGACCGUCCUGCCGUCAAGGACCUCGAGAAGCUGCCCCUACUCACGGCCAUCAUCAAGGAAACCCUGCGCCUCAACGGCCUCCUCACGUCAAGGUUCCCGCUCAUCUCGCCACAGCAGCCGCUCCAGUACAAGGACUGGGUCAUCCCCGCCGGCACGCCAGUUAGCAUGACACUGCGCGAUGUUCUCAAUGACCCCGAGGUGUUUGCGAAUCCGAGGACCUUUGACCCGGACAGGUGGCUAAAUGCAGACAAGGAGAAGCUUGAGCAAAUGAACAGGAAUUUCGUACCGUUUGGGCGGGGAAGCCGCAUGUGCCUGGGCACCAAUCUUGCCUGGGCAGAGAUGUACAUUGCUCUUGCAUCUAUCUUCCGGAGGACAAAUUGGGACCUUUUUGAUACCACGCGCGAGAAAGACAUUGAUAUCAUUCGAGACUGCUUUAUCGGCGAGGUCGACAAGGCAAGCAAGGGUGUUCGUAUUAGGGCAGCACAGGGGUAG